CUUCUAUCAGACCAUCACUGGGGCAGCCCCAAGCCUGAUUCCUGACUGCAGAUCUGGAAGGGGAGAGUCCUCCCUCCAUGGAGUUCGGCCUGCUCAGCGAGGCGGAGGCCCGGAGCCCGGCCCUCUCGCUGUCAGAUGCGGGCACUCCCCACCCGCCACUCCCAGAACACGGCUGCAAGGGCCAAGAGCACAGCGACUCGGAGAAGGCCUCGGCUUCGCUGCCCGGAGGCUCCCCGGAAGACGGCUCCCUGAAGAAGAAGCAGCGGCGGCAGCGCACCCACUUCACCAGCCAGCAGCUACAGGAACUGGAGGCGACCUUCCAGAGGAACCGCUACCCCGACAUGAGUACGCGCGAAGAGAUCGCCGUGUGGACCAACCUCACCGAGGCCCGCGUGCGGGUGUGGUUCAAGAACCGGCGCGCCAAGUGGCGGAAGCGCGAGCGCAGCCAGCAGGCGGAGCUAUGCAAGGGCGGCUUCGCCGCGCCGCUCGGGGGGCUGGUGCCGCCCUACGAGGAGGUGUACCCCGGCUACUCGUACGGCAAUUGGCCACCAAAGGCUCUCGGCCCGCCGCUCGCUGCCAAGACCUUCCCGUUCGCCUUCAACUCGGUCAAUGUGGGGCCUCUGGCAUCGCAGCCCGUCUUCUCGCCACCCAGCUCCAUCGCCGCCUCCAUGGUGCCCUCGGCCGCGGCCGCCCCGGGCACCGUGCCAGGGCCUGGGGCCCUGCAGGGCCUGGGCGGGGGCCCCCCCGGGCUGGCUCCGGCCGCAGUGUCCUCCGGGGCAGUAUCCUGCCCUUACGCCUCGGCCGCCGCAGCCGCUGCUGCAGCCGCCUCCUCCCCCUACGUAUAUCGGGACCCGUGUAACUCGAGUCUGGCCAGCCUGAGGCUCAAGGCCAAACAACACGCCUCUUUCAGCUACCCCGCCGUGCCCGGGCCGCCCCCGGCCGCCAACCUCAGUCCGUGCCAGUACGCCGUGGAACGGCCCGUAUGAAUGGCCCGGUCCGUCGACCAUCCCCGAGGGCGGGGUCGAUAAUUCACAGCCUCCCCGGACUGGGGUCUUCUAGACUGGCUUGCCCCUGCCCCGGGGUCUGAGAGGGGUGCUGGGGCAGCUGAGGGGUGGGGGGGAGGCGGCCGGCUCAGGAGACAGACUUCCCCCACCGCCGACCCUGAGGGGUGGACUGGACCCUACACACAGUCCGCGCCCCUGGGACUAAGGCCAGGAAAAGGGACCAGUUCCCCAGGGGCCAACUGACCCUUGGCCCACCCCGCCUUCUUCAGACUCCUCUCCUCAUUUUCAAAGAUUAAUGAAAUAAACGUGCGCGGACUGCCAAAGGCCUGAUGAUUCAGAGUUGCGAUUCAGCCCCCUCCCCUCAAGCUCUCCCAUUUCUAAAGGAGAGCUGGGUGUGCAGGAAAGAAGGGCCGGGGCUUCUAGGGCUUCAGUACCCCCUCAGCUCCCAACACCAGGAUGGAAAAGCUGGGGGAUUCCUGGACCCACGGAGCGCACCUGCAUGCGCGUUUGUUGAGUGUGGCUUAGGAGCCAGCAACUUGGCUGGCGUUGGCCAAAGUUGGUGCUGCGGCGCCACCCGGUGGUCUCAUGGCGGAUAACUGGGAGGUCUGGUCUCCAACGCUUACUUGGCAGGAAUCAAUUCUGCAACUUAGGAAGCCUAUGAUCUUAGAUAAGUUACUCCGCCUUUCUGCACCUGUUUCUCACUGUUCCUAUGAGGGGUUUGGGC